ACAAGCCUCCAGACUUGUUGUGGGGAAUUGUGCUUCUAUCUGCAGCGAACUGAAAGAAUCUAUAUUGCAGCAAGAAUUAGCAGGCUUUUGUUUUUGUUGCCGUUUGUAGAAUUUCUUUCAGAGGUGAGGUAAGUUGAGUCCUUCUAAGUUUUCGCUUCAGCUUUUUCGGCUAAAACUGCGGAAGAGUGUUUUCGACUACUGCAGAGUGAGUCUGUAACGCUGUUUAACUACCUUAGCUUUGAUGCCUGUGGAGAUAACCUUUAUGACAGAGGUGGAAAUAAUUAAAAUAUGAUUGAAAUGAAAUUGGCUUCGAUCUUAUUGCCAACUUACUGCGGCAUACUCUCGGUUUCGAAAAAAUUCCCUUCCAGGGUGAAUAUUACGCGAUUCAACAAAUAUUUGACGCUAUUGUUGGUUAGGAAAUUGGUUAUACUUUUCAGUCCAUGCAAAGCAAGAUUUUCUCAUGUCGAUGAAGUAUAGAGACAUCUCUUUGGUCAUAAUUUAACCUAUUUACUCAACUGCCGAGUCGGUUUUCACUACAUUUUAUCACAGGUAUUGAAGGGACAUUUCAUUUCUCGUAUACGCUGGCAUUUGCUAUCGAAACCCAUUUCAGUUUACAUGAAAUCAGCCAAUCAGUGGUCACAUGACUGAAAAACACUGUUUUGCAUUCGAUUUUGUGUCAAGGUCGCGAAGGUGUGUCGCGGAUGUGUCGCCUGGAUUCAAAAAUUUCGCCUCGUGUUGAUUAAUUGCUUCAAAGAGUAGCGCCUUACUAGUAUCGGUAAGUAGACUGUAGUCAUUCUUUACUCGUAAUAUUGUCUUUGAGACGCUUGUGGUUUUGGCAAAAAAUGCGACAUAACGUCAUGAAAAUUCCGCAAUAUUUGAAAACGCGAAGCUCUAUGGCACAUGGAUUCGUUGAAAUUGCGUAACGGCAGGAUUUUACACGGGAGCCUUCUCUUGACUUUCGUUCCUUAAUAUUUGGAGCAAAAUUUCACCUGUAACGUUCUAUCACAAGGCAAGCGCUGUUAUUGAAGCAAAAUCGUGUAAAACUUGGAGGGCUUGAGUAGUUUAGGAAUGUUCACUGAUUUAAACUGUUGACUUCAAAGAAGGAUUUUGAACAAUCGGUCUCUCUCUAAAAUCAUUCCUCUAAAUCCGUCAACGAAUUGUGUACGUUGCUAAGAUACUGUUUUGGUCCUUCAAUUACCAAUCUCUAUUAAUGAUAUUAGCGCUUUCGUAUUUGGCUUAAAAACUUUAAAAAACGUUACUUUGCUUUCUUAAAUGCCGCUGUGUAAUCGUCGUCGGGUAUGUGCAACUGUUUUAACUUAGAAUCAGACUUAUUCAAUAUGAUAUUAAUAUAAUAACUUGUUUAUUUUUAAGAAUGUCGUCUAAAAUUGUCUGUUUAUUUUAGUUUAAACAAGCUAUCGUUUCAAUAUUGGCUUUCAAUGUUUUUUUGUCUAUAUUUCCGAAUUUAUAUUGAAGAAAUUUUAGGCAAUAUUAUGUAAGAAAAAAAAUAGUAAAUGUAAUCUUCUUUAGUUCUCUUCAGCGUACUGUUUAGGCGAACUACCCCUAAAAGAAGUUUGACAUUCUUAUAAAAAUCUAGGGCAAUAUUGACUCAGUAAUGGUGGAGAGGUUUUUGGUGAACCAAAGUUACAUUCGUGAGGUUUUCGGUGACUUCAAACAGAUAUCGAGACUGCUCAAGCUUUUCUGACGAGAAGAGCUGAUUCAGAACAAUGGGAUACGUAACAAAAUAUGACAUUUUCAAGUGAAUGACUACCUUUGGGCCAAGGACAGCCACAGAGGGAACAUCAUAGGUCACUUCUUUCUGAUGUCAGCGCGAAAUUUUAAGAGACAGAGCCAUUUCGAGGCAUUUCGCCAGUCUUUUUCCCCAGCAGACGUUGAAAACAAGUGGCCUUUUACGAAGAAAAAUUUUUCGUGUAUCUAAGCUUGUUUCAUAUUGGGUGAAAUAUAGUUAAGACAAUUCAUUGAAUCACAGACAGACGUAUAAAAUAAAUUUUGAGCAAUUUAGAUUACCAUGUAAAAUGUCGACGGCCUAAUUUGGUAGGCAACAGUGCUGGCGCCGUUUUAAUGUAGUAAACCUUUAUAUUCUUAACAAAAACACACACACACAAAAUAAAUUUGGAAAUACUUCAGUGAGCUGUUACGCUCGAACCAGAUAGAAAUAUCGCUGCUAAUAAGUUUUGUUAGAGGUAAAGCCUUUUAGCUUUCAGACAUGUACAUUUUUACCAAAAACUACCAAAUCAAGAAACACGUCUAGAUGAGCAAUAUCUCAUGGUACAAUUAUCCUUUUUACAGCAAACAAAAUCAGGAACUUUUUUUUGACAUGCAACUCUUGGAAAAUUAUCAAACUGACUCUAUGUCUUCGAGGCAAAAACCUUUAUCAUAUAAAUAUCUGACUUGCAUGAUUCCAAUUCUGCGCAUUCAUUCUGCAUGUUAAGAAAGAGAAUGGGUUUCUGCCAUAUUUAUUUACUUAUUUAUCUAUUUUGUCAUAGCGCAGUCUCCCUUGGUGAUUUAAAUCAAGUUUUUUUUAGUCACACUGGACAGUCGAGGAGAACUGGCAUAAAAAACAACCAAAUCUGGCUCUUCUUUCCCAUUUUAAAGUCUUCCUUCUUUUGAAAAACACAACGCAUAAAAAACAAGAGGGUUGACCAAUAGACCAGUAGCCCUCGGAAUCAUGUCGCCUCUCUCUCUCUCUCUCUGUAUUAUUCUACUUAGUAUCAAAGACCAUAGAAAGAAGGUCGAGCGAAAGCGAAUAUAUCCCAGAAGAUUCAUCGAAAUUUAGCUCCUAGGCAUUACCUCGUAUUUCAAUCUUGUUGAAGAACUGCUUGUUACGACGAUAAAUUUACCCAAUCUUCUUAAUUUGCUCAAAAAACGGAAAAACCUUCCACUGUACGACAUCUCGUGCCGCUGACACACAAUUUCCACAAAUAAGAAUUUUGUAAUGACCUUUUGAGAAAAUAAUCACAAAUCUAUAAGAAAAAUUGACAGCUUGCUGUUUUCCCUUAAUUCAUUCAACUCCUUAAAGCUGCUACAUUAGUAUUCCAAAUUUUCUCAGUGGAAUAUUCAUUCAGCAGUUUUAAAACACGGAAAUGGUGCAUUUUUUUUAUUCAACGACAACUUCCGCCGAAAAAAAUUUACUUGAGUGAUACCACCUGCUGUGAAACAGCUUUCGCUUUUCGUUUCAAUUAGCGGAAGUGAGGCUCUUCAAAAUAACACAUCGCAUGUGCUUUACACCGAAGGUUUAAGUCGGCAAAAACUGUUUCAAAGAGGUUGGUCUUGCAUGUAAACCACACGGAAUUUAAUGCAUUUUUUUCACAUUGAACAAAGUGACCUAAGACCAUGCGGUUGACGAAGGCCCUUAAAUACAAAUUGGUUUUUUUGAUUUGCUUUUAAUGACGUAUUAAAGCUUUUACAUCACUAAUCGAGCUUUUUUUGUUUGAAAAUUUAAUAACCGUAACUUAAUCUUACGUAGACAUCGUAAUUACAUACCGAAUCAUCACGAACAACAAGAAUUUUGCCUAAAAUGAUUGUGGUUUAAUUAAUAAGUUUAGAUUUCCAAGAACUGUUUACCCUAAAUGGUGUUUUAAGUUAAGUUUUAUGCCCCAUCACAUUAAUUAUAUCCAAAGAAGUCUUGUAUCUGAUGCUGAUAUUAAUACAUGGUAUACCUAAGUACGAUGAAACUACCAUUCUGAUCAGUCUUAAGCUCUACAAUCACUCAAGGAAAUCGAGUUGUAAAUUUCUUCACAAUUUUGCUCUGGGUUAAACAGAAUUAAAUAAUUUACGUGCUAAUUUUAGAUCUAAUGUAGCCACUAAAUCGGAUUAUAUUUUUAUCACCACUGAAGAGGUUUCGUGUAGGUAACAGGUAUUAAGUGUUUGAGGUAAGUACGUGGGCAAAUCACACGAACACGCAAAACCUGCCCAGUGCACACGAAGAGAAAGGCUCCGUUCACACAAUGUUUGUCACUCAAGUGUGCAUAAUAAUUGCAAAUUCAUUCAUUUGCGGAUCACAGUGCAUGAAAAUAGGUUACUUUGCGGGCUUAUGACUUAGCAUGUUUCGUGAGGAAAAUUAAAACAACCAUUUCGGUAACAACGGAUGGAAACUUUUUAGUAUUGUGCCUUCUAGAAGCAUGUACGAACUGCAUGUCAUUGGUCAAAUUCUCCACUUUAACUCUCCACAAGUUUGUUGAAAAGUUUGAGGCUUUGUUAAAUUCUUUACAGUGAUCGUGAAUCCGACAGGUAAAUAUUCGCUUUGUGCGCCGUGAACUCUUGGGCCAAGGGCAACUCCUGCAAACUAAUUGCACUCCCAAUGUCUUAGAAAUUUAAUUUUGUAUUGUUCGUCGUACACGGCUGUUUAUAGGCCUACCGGUUCUGCACCGGUGAUUUUUGGAGUGAAUUUAUUACGGUAAUAAGGCUCUGAGCUUCAACGCAAAUUCUGAAUUAAUUUCAGACACUCGCUGAGUGAAGUGUACGCUAACACUACAUAUUCUAUGAGGAUGGCCGCUACUCUCAGUUACUGCGAGCUGAUGUUAUUUCUUGUGGCGAUGACGUGCUCUCGACUUCCAACUUCAAGGUAAAUUCUUAGUUUUGUCGUUGCGAAACUUCAUGAUGGUGUAUUAUUUACUGCGUAGUUCUAGGAAACUUGCGCUUUUAAGCUACUAUAAUUAUAGUGUACGGAACAUAGGAAGAACAAAAAAGUUCUGUUCGACGCAAAACUAACUGGCGUCGCUGUUUUUACCAUGUUAAACCGCCAUAUUUCUUUCUUUUAGCUUAGGCCAAGAGACGAACUCCACGGGAAAUGGGAAAGACAUUUCACGCUGCAAGAGCGUAACAUGUUGUGUAAGUUGUAAAAACAUUUGUUAGUACUCUCUCAUUCAAACCUAGCGGGACUGCUUAAAAUUCAGCUUUGUAAACAAAGAAGUAUUAUUUUCCAAAAGUCGUGCGCACAAGUCAAGCCGCAGUAGAAGAAGAAACUUCGUAGAGUUGGUUCUCGGUUCUUUGUGAAUAUGCCAUGAUACGUUUGCGCUCUCUUUUUAGUUGGCUGUGAGACAAUCCACUUUUACUCAAUAGCAUGCAUCUAAUACAGAAUAACACAAACCCUUGACCUUCUACUUAUUUUCGUCCAAAACCGGAUCACUGAUGUUCAAAGGAAAAUUAAUAUUCUUGCCGCGGUCUUCAUUUCGUAGGCAGUUUUUGGUCAGCGCUGUAUUCAAAACCUGCUGCAAAGUUGGUUGGCCGUUUUACCGAGCAAACACUGUUGUUCGAAAUUGAAAUAUAGGAAAGUUUUGCUAGUAGUUUCAAACAGCUGAAGGAAUUGUAUUUGCGGUGUUUUUUCUAAUACAAUAUCGCCUUGGUUAGUGACGAACGAAGAAAUGUCGAAAUGUUCUUUAUUCUGAACAGUCUCACUGAAAGUAAAUAUACACUCCAGUUUGUGAAAUUUCGAGCUGCCUUACUGUCAAGCAAACUUUAUCCAGGGAAAUACUUCAGUCGCUUUUAGUUGAGUGAGUGUACAAUGUUUGCGAGAGCGGUCUUUUUGAUAAUAACUUGUCAGCUGGGUAGAAACAAUAAGAACGUGUCAAUUUGUUCAGUCAGUAAAUGAGCUUUGUGAUUCUUGUUUACAUGUGAACAGCUCCAAAACACACCAAGAUGCGAGAGCGUUUAAAUGUUUGUUCAGGUUGGAAAUUUGUUGCAGCGUAAGGGCCGUGAAAUUAGGUUCGCAGUGUGUUGAGGAGUCUCCGUUUGACAAUAUGCCUCUUAGCACCUUAUCAACGAAAUGGGAUUUAUCAAUGGUACGAAAUUAUCUGAUCAGUAAGAAAUAGCUUGUGCGUGAGCGAAGAAUCUUCGUUUCCUAUGUUAACAUCUCGAAGGAGUAAAUCUACAAUUAAAUCUUAUCAGUGAAAGCGAACGAACCAUAAAGUUUAUUGUAAGUGGAGACGCGGUUUCCUUUGCCUUUGAUAAGAACCUUACGCAACCCAUCUGCUAUCUCGCUAAACAUUUCCGCCCUCUCUCGUGAAUAGAAGUAACGUGGCUUGAACGAAGCCGAAAGGAAACACAUUGUUUCCAGCGGAUCAGAAAAGUGCCACCGCAGUGGAUGUAAUACCUCGUACUAAACGUACAUUCGGCACCAAAUACACCCACACAUUGCAAAGCCGUGACAAUAGCUCUAGAGUGAUUUAUUAUAAGUCAAAGAACUAGUCCAAUUCAUAUAACUCCUUGUUUUCUUCCAGUGCACACAAUUGCGGUUAGACAUUGUGUUCUAAGUCUGCUUGCUCGAACUGUAGUUUUUCAUUCGUCUUAAAAUGGCGUCGAACGUUUCCCAAGGGAAGCUCUGAAUAAAAUACCAGAGAGUUGAGACUGCAACAAACUAAGGCAAUUGUUUCAUUUUAGAUAUCGUAAAAGGUGAAGGUUAUAUCGACAGCAAAAAAGAGUUGAUUUCUUUCUUUUUUGUUUAUAAAUGAAUGCAAAUAAACACGAGAACUCAGUGUGGGUUAAAUUCAACAGAAAUUGGGCGCAUAUGUGUCAUUAGAAACACUUGUUUGAGUUUUGCUGUCGGUUGUGUCGACAUGAGCGUCGAUUUUUCCUUUAACAUGUUCAUGUCUGGACGUUUAAGAAGCCAAAUGAAAAGAAGUUAUCGAAGAAAUACGUGACAAUCAAUAGAAAGCUGUAUUCUUAGCGCAAAUCUUUUAUGACGUAGCCAUCCGUAAAGGUUUAAAAAAUCUGAGCAAGGAGGAUGGGUCGGGGGCUGGUGAUGGGAAGAUCAGGGGGAGGAGACUGGGAAGGAACGCUGACGAAAUUUUGUCCCUGCUGACAAUCUGUUUAACUGUUGUAAUCAAGAAUUAUUUUUAGCUCAUGCAGUGAGAAAAUAAUCCAACUUCAGAAAAUUUGAAAAUUCUGCGUCAUUUGAGACCCCACUUGGCAGUGCUUACAACUUAAAACACCAAACAACUUGUUUCCAGAAUUCUGGAGCAAGGUUUGUCUAGUUUUAAAACUAUUUACCUUCGUAAGACAUUCAAAGCAUUUUAGAGCAUUAAGCCCAAGGUUAACAUCAAAUAGAGCGAAAAAUACGCGUAUAGAACUACCAAAAAAAUCUCACCGUAAAAUUUCAACUGCAAUGAAGACUAUAGAGCUUUGAAAGUUGGCAUGUCGAAGCCAAACUUCUUCGAGUUCGAAUUUUUGUGUUGAUGAUAAUAACGAAAUGUAAGUUUUCAUUCACGGUAAAACUCAUUAAGACAUUUUAACUCACCUGCCAGAUUUUCACGCCCGUUAAAACUUUUAAAGCCAAGAUCUUUUCUCAGUGCGAUCCCAUUUGUUUUUGUUUCCAGUAUCCCAGGUAAUGAUGACGCAACAAUUUGCAUGCACGCUCGCGUUAUAAAUUAAAAAGAAUUGUCGCGCGCAGGUUGUUGUCUAGAUUAUUAAUUCCACUAUUUUAUCUUAAAAAUAACUGUAAUACCUGAACUGUCCUUGUGAAAAUGUCCUGUUCUUUGAGGGUACCCCUUUUUUUUUUUUUUUUUUUUUUCCUACGCAAAGAAUAAGAUAGUUUACCUUUUUUAGCCGUUUUUGAUUAAAAACCGGUAUAGAUAUAGAACAUGGAGGUCUCAAAUGAAACGUGCUUCUUGAGAUAACUAAAGGAGCAUAUGUCAAAUAAAUGAUAACAUUUGGAAAAAUUUGGGUUGAGUCUUUCGUGCACCAAUUCGCUACUUCUGCACUUGAGUGACAAUUGAUUUUGCCGCUUAAAGAUCAAGUUCAACGGAUCGAAAAAUGGGUGUAGACGGCAACUGCCUGGGGCUCGUUGGUAGAAAGUUCCGAAAACUUAAUGGGCCCAAAGAAGUGUUUUCAUCUAAUUGUUAGGAAUGACGGCACAGGUCCUAGUUCAAAAUUAAGUCCAUUCUUAUUUCAUAUUUCAUGAUGUCGUAACUGCUUGAAUUUCAUAACUGUUUCCAUCUUGAUCAUCAAUGAAAAAACGAUCCCGAUUUUGAAAAGGGGUCCCGGAUUUGAAGAACCGAGCGGUACUUCUCACUAAAAAUUGUGAAGAGUCUCCCCCCCUUAUCCCCCAACUCAGACAAAGACCGAGAAUCAAUUUGUUACCUAGGUAAGAAGCUGAUUAUGACAAUCAUUUCUAUGUUUUAACUAUCCCCAUUCUAAACCAAAUCCUUUUUUAUUCUUUUUUACAGGGAAUUCCAGGAACUCCUGGUAGGAACGGUAAGUUCUAAUGAAGGAAUUUCACUUACUUGAGGGAAUUUCUUGAUUAUAGACUGAAAGUGAAUUCCCAAAGGGAGAUUUUCCACUCCGAACCAAUAUUUGAAAUUCUUUGAAGGGGUGAUCACUCCUUUUAGAACAAUUUUCAAUUUAGUGUCGAAUGUCAUCCGGGAUCUCAUUGAUUUUACUUUUACUCUGUGAUUCGUGGUCAAGAAAACUCGUGCCACGCUCUCAACUAAUUAGAUUCAAAACUGACACCAAUCACGAUUUGGUCACGUGCGUUUUACUGCGCUUUAGACGGUUUGCUUUUGCCGUUGGAAUAAGUUUGGUUUUGGCCUUAAGACACUCAAUCGAAAAGCGCUCUAAUUUGAGUAGUACAUCUAAGGACUUAAACCCAAUUCAGGAACUUUUGGUGAACGUGAUAACCCCAUGCUAACAUUCAACAAACAUUGGACCUUUUUUUUAGGGUCAGGCGUGCCUCAACAGAUUAACAAAAACAUUUUUCGGAUUUGCUUCCUUCAGGUUUAUCACCUACUGAUCGAUUUUUCCUCCUCACACAAUAUUCCGUGUCCUUUUAACUGAUUAUCUCGUCUCCAUAUCAGAUAUAUAUUGCUCACGAAAUGUUUCAAUUUUCUCUUCUACUUGGAUUAAGUACCUAGCAAUACAAACAGCUCAUCUUAAUAUGGCUAAUUUUAUUUCAAAGUUGAUUAAACCAAGACAUCUUUUAAUACCCCCCACCUUCUCAGCACCACAGUUUAAAAAAGUUACCCCUUACAUGGAUUUUAAACUUGUUGACUAGACAGCUGUGAACGUUUAUACGAUUUUCUGGAAAAGGAAGGCAAACAUGAUUUUUUACUUGGUUCCGCCAUUUUUUCCCGUUUUGUUUUGUUAUUUAUCUGAGUUUCACAUGAUUCGUAAAAAUGCAAAAAGUCUAUAGGCUUACGUACAAAGCUAUUUCAUGCUUUCAUAGGUCUUUGCUAUUCGGUGGAAAAUUAGCGGGAAGCUACGAAACAAUUUACCCGCCAGUAGGAUACAACCCUUAGGCAAAAUGUUUUUUCUGGUUUAGUGUCUCUGCUCUGUGUGAUUAUCACACCCUUAGGCCCUGUUUACUUUCUGUAAGUGUCAUUGUGUGCAGCAUUUUAAAAAUAAUAAUUUCAUUUUAUAAGGAUAGGUUCUGUUUGCACAAGGGCAAUCGUUGCUCAUGCCAUGGCUUGAGGCAAAACUCAUCAAAAUCUGCGGUUUUUUUUAAUAAUAUAUCAUCCUGUCAUGUUCCUUAGUAUUUAUGCAGUGGAACUGUUCUAAUUACUUUUUGCAAUGAGCUUUAAGUGCAUCCAUCAAUUUAAGAAUGGUCAAAUCACUUAGUGUUCAGUCAAAAUAAGGAGCAGAUUGAUAUAGAGAUCAAAUUUGCGCGAAAUAAAUGAUUUAAUCUUUCCUUAUCUUCCAAUCUUUGCAUAAUUAACUCUCAAAUUUGAAAAACACAUAUUCUCACGUACUCGAAUGGAAUAGAUCCAUUGCUCAGUUAAACUUAGAAGUAAAGACCUUACGCCAAAAACCGCGCAGACCAAUAUCGGCUAUUUAGUUUAGAAUAACUAAAGGAAGCAAGUUGAUAUCGUCAGGUUUGGCCGUGUCUCUUAGCUCCUCCUAUUUCGAAACUCAAUCAGUAAUGCAACGAAGUUUACACCUAAGUUAAAAGUUAAACAAGCCGACAUCCGGCGUCUGAUACUUUAAACUAACAUACAUGAUGCAGGUGGCGGUUGCUUGAUAUGGAACUGAAACUCCUCUAACAUAAAAUCUGCAAAAUCUGAGUUUGACGCAAUAAAAUUUGAUGCUGUUUCCUAAAGAAACUUAAGUUGUCUCGCAAUAACAUGUAAAGCAAACCAUACGGCGAAAAAGGCAUCGCGAAACAACCUUGAGCAACCUUUCCGUUUUGUUCUGGGUUUAUGUCGCUUGCUGAACGAUCAGCGUCGUUCCGUACCCAUUCCCUUUAGUUGCAUCUCUUAAAGUUUCUAUAGUUAGUUUCAUUAUAGGGCACUUAAACAUGCUCAAACAAGACUGGGGGGGGGUUUCUUUAACAGGCAUGUGAUCGUUAUCUCAAGUGUAUUUAAAAGUCAACUCGCCGUAUUUCGGUUUGGCAAAAAAUAAUCUAGCCAUUUUUUACAGGGAUGCAGCCAGGUUGGAAACCAAAACUUAAAUGGCGAUGCACGAUUCUUAGCGUAUUUGAAGUCAGUUAUCGAAUGGUUAUGUUACUCUUUCGAAUCCAAAAACGAAGUAACUAGUAAAAUAGGUAAUUUUAGGGUUAACAACUGAGUUGAAAACGUAAAUUGGCCACCGUAAAGGGUAAAAAAGCUAAAAUGUUUGAUAUACUUUGAGAUUCUGGGGCACACUUUUCCUUCGACUUGCGUUGUGAUAAAUAUUGCAAUUUCCUUCAUUUCAGGAAUUCCCGGACACCCUGGGCCCCAAGGACUAAACGGACCUCCCGGUAGGAACGGGCUAAACGGAAUCCCAGGGAGCAAAGGCGAAAAGGGAGAAUCAGGAUUAAUGGGCCGGCGGGGGAGAAAAGGAGCACCUGGAGAACCGGGUAUCAAUGGUACCGACGGCAUCCCCGGUUGGAGGGGUAAGGAAGGACCAAGAGGAAUGAGAGGCCCGAUGGGUCCCCAAGGGCCUACAGGCGAGAAGGGGGAUUCUGGAAGCCGUGGUGAACCGGGGCCCCCUGGGUCCGAACGAAUCCUCAAGGUAUGCACAUGUGAAAGAAAUGUCCCAACACAAGUCUUUUACGUAAACUCAGGCCACUGGAUCUCAGAGAAGGCCAUGACAGGGUUUCAGGAUGUCAGUUCAGCAUACGGGGAAUUUCAAGUCAAAGUUGUGGUACCUGUCACCUAUGUUCUCCAUAUUGGUGGUAAGUUUCUGUCUUUGAAUUACGACUCAUUCAGAACUGAGAUGUUGUACAAGUUUUAAAGUUUGCCAGGAACCAUUUAUGCUUCUGAAUAGAGAUUAAAAAGUCUAAAAGACGAGUACAAGGGAUUUUCGCUACGAUGCUCUACCACUGAGCCACUAAGAGCUUGAAUGUCGAGCUAAUUAUCUUUCCGACCUUUUUUCCUCUUCCACUUACAGGAGACUGGGUGAAUGACGAUUCUGUAACCUUGUUCUACCGUCUCCGUUGCGCUCACCGCCGACGAAUGGCGUACCUUCCAAACGAAACUGGCCACAAAAUCUACAAGUUCAAAGAGGAGAAUCGAUUGGAGUCGGAAACUUUUACACAUGUCACCACAGCGCUCAGCCAUCACGGAAAAUGGAGAUGUCUGCUGCAGAUCAGCAAAGGGAUGGAUCGGGCAUUCUAUCGCUGGGACUCACAAUACGGUGAAAUCAGUUUGACCAUGUGGUAGCUAUUGUUGAGCCUUCCACACCUUCACUGGUUUGAUUCUUGCAUCGUUAGAAAUUUUUUAUAAGCGAGGAACUCACCACACGAGAAUUUAGGUUUAGGAGGGCGUCGCCACCUCUUUCCGUUAAUCGUUACAAAAAUAAUCACGUUGUUGACACGAACGAUUAAAUCCUAAAGUAUGUUACAGUUCGGUUGUGUUUCAAGCAUCUGAACAUCAUUAGAAACAGACUGAUCCGUUAGGCCACAAAAAUUUGUUGUAAAAAGGUAUAUCAUACUUUCAGAGGAGACCGAAGGAAGUUGGACGAGAUUAUUGACAUCACCUCAUUGCCGGUUAUGUGACUUCUCCUCAGCGAGUAUGACUGACAGCUGUAUAGUAAAAACCUUGGAACGUGCGCUAUGAAGUACAAGAGAAUUACUGUUGAAAUCAGUUGAGUUGAGUUGAGUUCUCCCAGUCUUCAAAGAGAUAUUUCAUAACCAUGACAAAAUAUUUAUGAACGAGUAAUUGUCAGAUUAAGCAUCGCCAUUUCAGCGAUUCAAAAGUUGAAAACUGCCUGUGAACUAACACAGGUGAGAAAAGUUCGCUUUCACUUCAUUCCCAAAAUGAACUCCGUAAUCAACAGCGGUUGCAUUUCAUUGUUCCCAUAGAAUAAAGAAUAGUUCGUAAUAUGAAAGCAGGUAUCCCAUCCAAAGAGUGAUGUGUGUUAACGAGCGUAAUUGGGGCGUUUUAGCUUUUAGCUUUUAGAGUGUCCAAAGUAAUCCAGGAUUUCGUUGGUUUUACCUCACUUUUCUCUGUGAUUGGUCCAGAAAACUCGCGCCAUUCUCUAAACCAAUCAGAUGCAAAACUAAAUCCAUCACGUCUCGGUCGCUUCAGUUUCCCAGCUUAAGGCAGUUUGGUUGGUUUUUACUCCGAGUUCUCAUUGGAUGUUCAGGGUAAUUAUCUUCCUUCUGAUUGGCCGUUGUGAUAACUUUAGUUUUGGUUUACGACACCCAAUCGAAAAGCGAAACUAGCAGCGAACAAAGUGUCGUCUACACGUUUAAGAUCGUGUUGUCUCGUCCAUAGUCACAUUAAGUUGCGCAUUAUAUACUGCAAAUUGAUAUGUCAAGUUAACGAUUUUUGCGUUAAAAAGUUUUGGAAAUUUUGCUACUAUGUAGCUCAAUAGCAAGUAUUUUACAAUAAUUCCAGUAGUCUGAUGAAAGUAAUGAAGAAUAUAAUAAUUAUAAGUCACACCAUCUGCCCUUAAAAUGUGUAAGUACGGUCGAUCACAGUAUAGAAGCGUUGGCGUGAUAAUGCGUGACUGUGACAACGAAUGACCGUGAUACGGAGGAAAUGACAAUUGUUUCUGGAGUUUAAAGGCUUCUUCGUUGGUGUAUAUACAGACGUUACUACGUUUAAGUUGUACUUCAAAGUGUUGACUUUAUGAAAGUUUGUAAAUCUCGAAAGCAUGUACAAAUUUGAAACGAGCAUAAAUAGACAAUUAAGUGAAUAAAAACAAACGAAUC